AUGGAUCAAGGAUCAGUAUUUACUGGUCAAAAGAUGCAAGAAUUUUCUAAGGAAAUGGGUUUCAAAUUGUUAACGCCUACGCCAUAUGACGCUCAGGCUAAUGGUCAGGUCAAAGAAGCAAAUAAGGUGGUAAUUGUUUUACCAGUAGAAAUUUACCUACAGUCAACAAGGAUUCAGAGGCAUCAUGAAAUUCUAUCAGAAUUAUAUUGGAACAUGAUGCUAGAUGAGUUAGUCGAUCUAGAUGAAGAGAGACUAAAUGCCUUGGAAUUAUUGAAAAGACAGAAGAAGAGAGUAGAGAACUCUUAUAAUAAGAAGGUUAAAAUUAAGACAUUUUUCCUUGAUGAUUUGGUUUGGAAAGUUAUCCUUCCAAUGGAUCGAAAGGAUACGGCCCUAGGGAAAUGGUCUCCCAAAUGGGAAGACCCUUUUCAAAUUUUGCAAGUGUUCUCUAACGGUGCUUAUGAGAUCGAAGAACUUAGUCAAGACAACAACAUCUUAAGAGUGAAUGGAAAAUAUUUGAAAAAAUAUAAGCCAACGCUACAAGAGAUAAGAAUAAUAAACGAGUAA